CCAUAAAGUUCUGGGUAUACGCCCAGUGAUUUGAUGGGAAAAAAAAGCAACUUGGAAAGACUGGAAUUCGCAGAAGAGGCAUUUUUAUAGGCAUUGUACUGGCUUAAGUUAGAAGAGGCAAGAAUCAGCAGAAGAAAAGUUUCCUUACAAAACUAGUUACAAAUAUGGAGGGUGCCGUUAAAACAGUUGUUAUGCAGUUCCUGUCUUCAGCACGGGGAAAAGAGAGCCUGGGUGGGAAGAGCUUCCAAAAGUUAGUCCAGAGUCAGCUCGGAAACAUCCUGAGCGACACUGACAGUUCUUCAGCAGUGAAGGACAUGAUGAAAGGCCUGGAUGACAACCAGGAUGGGAAGGUCAGUUUCCAGGAGUACCUGACGCUGGUGGGCUACCUGGCCAACUCACUGAGUGAGCAGAAAGCACAGAGCAGCGCAGCCGGUGCACCAUAAGAAGCCCCAAAGCAUCCAUGACCCUUGGGUUGAUGACACUGACAAUCAUUUGUAAUGUUGGAGUCUUGCACCAGUAAUGAGAGACUGGGGCUAGUUGUCACAAUUUUUUACUUAUUAAAAAGUUUUCAAGGUUAUACAUGCAUAACAAAACACAACUCCUUAGCCCUUGUGACUUCCUGUUGUAGCAACUAGCCCUGGUCUCCAAUGCAAUAUAAAAUCUGCAAUGAUCUGAAAACACUUUUAAAGUCUCUGAUAUUACAAUGAAAUUAUAAAUCUGUUUACAUGUACUCGCAUUAAUGAAUUUAUAAAACAAUGUCUGACCUGUGGCCAUGUACAAGUGCUAAAUCAAGGAACUUUUUGUUGCAUAAGUGUUUGCUUUUUUUUUUUUUUUUUGUUAUUUUUGCUUUCCAUGUAAACAGGUUUUCAUUUCUAAGCUCAUGUGUUUUCAUAUAUGAUUUAAUUAUUUUACUGGGAACAAAAUAUGCUUGAUUAGUGCAAGGCAUAACUGAUGAAUGCAAGCCAUCAAAUAUACUAAAAACAGAGUCAACGUCAAUGUUGUACACAUCAGAUUUGUCCAUUUAAAAAAGUGAAAUUUUACACAACUGGAGAAAUGUUUUUGUAUAACCUUUCAAUUAAAAUAUGGAAAUAAUGACAAAAUUAAAAUUUUAGUCAUCCUUUAAUUUUCAGACAUGCAAUACAAGCUAAACAUCGUGGUUUUCUGGGUACAGCCUGUGCCCUAGCAUGAAUACAUGUUUUUAUGUGUACACAUUUUGUCAGUGUCCUUUGAAUUUGGCCAUUCGUGUGUUUUCAGUCCCAAGCCUUGGCUGGCAUGUGUAUGGACACCGUUUGCUUAAUGAUGAAUUAACACCUGUGCAGCAGUAUCAGGUGUGACAGGACAACACACACACACACACGAGAUUAUCAGCACCUCUAAAGACCCUUGGGUUGUGAGUAACUACAUUUGUGCCAUGUAACCUUGUUUGGCCUGUAACAUAAUCAGUCCUCAGGCACCUGACCCCAUUUUAUGGCUUAUGUGCCAUGAUGCUAAUAAUUGUAGAAAAGUGCAUCAAGAAAUUAAUUACAAUUAUUUAAACAUAUACUUACAUAUAUAAAUGUGUUAGAAAGAUAGAUAGAAUUACACCAUUAAGAAGCUUAACCAGUCGCUAAUUAUAUUAUAUAACCUUUAAUUACAUAACUUAAAUAAUAUAGACAUUAAAAUAUUUAAAAAUAAUAGUUUCUUUAUAUGCAUAAAGCAUAUUUUAAGGCAUAACUGCUGGUAAUGUUGUAUUUCUAUAGCUCGGCUGAUUUUCAUUAUAGCGAUGUUUGUAUCUAAGUCAUCAAUUACAGCAGAUAAAUCAUUUAGUUCGGGGUGCUAAACCAUCACGUCUCUAAAAGUUUAAUGUGACAAGCACCGGUACAUAUAACUAACCUUUAGGAUCAAACAUAUCUAUUUACCCAAAAGCUCUUCUUUCAGGUGAGUCCAGGUCUUCAGUGCAUGUUUAUAUACAUGAAUGUCAUGUUGUAUCAUUAGAUAAGCUUGAAAACAUG